AUGCGGAACCAAUUGAUUUUUGAAAAUCGAUCGUAUUCCGAAGAAGAAACAAUACUCACAUCGAUUAGAGAGGCAAGGGAAUGGCAUCAAACUCAGUCUCAGAUCACGAGACCUAUCAAAACUGCAACUGCUCGAUCAAUCCCAAGGCUCCCUGAUGUCUCUAAAGGAUUCGUUGAUGCAGCUUGGAACGCAGGUAUAGAAGAGUGCAGAAUAGGAUGGUUCUUCACGGAUGCAAAGCAAGAGUCUCUGAUUCAGGGUACCUCUUAUAGAAGGCAUGUCGGAUCAGCACUGUGCGCGGAAGCUCUAACACUGAAAGGGGCGCUAGAGAAAGCAACCGCAACCGGUAUUCAAGAAUUGAACAUGUUCUCCGAUUCGCAAAUUCUUAUUUCCCUCAUUAACUCGGAUACUUCUACCAUCGACCUAAAGGGCAUUCUCCAUGACAUUAGCCUCUUAAGCUCAACUUUUGAAGCUAUAACUUUUACGUUUAUCUCUCGUGCUAACAAUACUAAAGUUGAUACUUUAGCCAAGACAAAACUUCUAUCAUGUUGUAACUCCUCCUGUGAUGGAGCGUAA